AGAAUACUUGUUUUAGAUAUUUUACAACCGUCACCAGUCGAACAAUGGAUUUUAUUGAAAGAUACUCUAAAAAGAGAUUGGCCAAAUUAUGCGUAUUAUUAUUAUUGGAUCGAUAAUGCCAUUAGAUGGAAGGAAAAAACCCCAGAAAUCAAUAUUGCAAUAUACUGCCCGGAGAAAAAGUAUGAUACCGGAGUGUUUGUUGGUAUAUCAGCUUACGCAAUAUAUUAUGUGCUUGCAUUCGCAUUUCCUGAAAAUAAAAAAUUAUUAUUCGACUGCCUUAUAAAUACAGAAUUCAUCGACUGGAAGCGAGAAGUCUUUUUCCAGGCAGUUCAAGACAAUUUUUUGAGCACCGUUGAUGAUGUAUCCAAUUAUCUCAGAACAGCAAUAAAUUUGGAAAUUUUUGCACACGGAUACUGCAAAUAUUAUUAUAAAUCAAAAGAAGAUUGUCUUUCGGUGGAUGUAAGCAUUCCUCCCGGGUUUGAACUGAGAAUUUUAAAAGAAGAAAAUGUACACUUGAUUCAUGAACUAUGGCCUCGGGAAGAAGUAAAAAAGAAUCCUGAAAAAUCUGCAAUGUUCAUUUCCAAAAUGAUUCAUCUUAAUAAAGGAAUUGGUUUAUUCCGCAAAGAAGAUAAUCGAUUAGUAUCUUGGGCUCUGCAAACUGAGUAUGGAGGUUUAGGCAAUGUACAAACACUGAAUGAAUUUAGCAGACGAGGAUUUGCUAAAAUUGUUACUAAUGCUCUAGCCAAGUUGAUAGCACAGCAGGACAUAGAUAUUGUAUUGUUUACAUCUAAAACCAACAUUCGGUCUCAAAACUGUUUCACCUCUUUAGGUUGGAGCCACAUUAAUGAUGUCAGAUUUACUAUUUUCAAACCUUUAGCCAAUUAAAUUGUGUUAUUGAUUUUUGUAUCGUUUCACGGCAAAAUUAUGUUA